AUGGUUGAACCAGCUGCAGAACGGAAAUGGAGAGCGUUUACAAGUUACGUGAAGGAGAACAACCUCAUAGUCGCCAGUCUGGUGGCCGUCGUCCUGGCUCUUCACACAGGGAUCGUUCUGGGCGUCGUGUUGAAAACCUACGUCAUCCUGACGGAUGAACAGCAGGAGUACAUCAAAUUCCCAGGAGAAAUUCUGAUGCGGAUGCUGCAGUUUGUGUCGGUUCCUCUGAUCACCACGAGCGUAACGCUCGGAGUGGCCGGGCUCAGCAUCAACACCUCCAGGCAUAUUGCUUUCCGUGCAACACUUUACUUCACCAUAACCACUCUGUACCAGACCGAUAAACCACAAGUGUUUGAAGGUUCCAACUCUAGCCAGAAUUACACAGCAGACGUGCCGAGGGGUCACUAUGUUGACGGUGCAAACACACUUGGCCUCAUUGCCUUCGCCUUUGUGCUUGGACUGGCAAUCAACUCUCUGAAAAAGAAAAAGGAAAAUGUAUUAGUGCUUGUUGCCAAAGCCAUCAAUGACAUCACCAAAGCUGCCGUCAACUUGAUUCUGAGAUUCUUACCAGUCGGAGUCUUUUUCAUGAUAACGACCCAUGUCCUUGAAGUUCGCGACUGGCAAACUACGGAGAACUUGGGGAAAUUCAUAGCUGUGGUCCUCACUGGGCUCAUAAUUCAUGGAGCCAUCGUCCUGCCAAUGAUAUACAUCCUGGUUACGAGACAAAACCCCCUUAAGGUCAUCCGGGGGGUUUCUCCUGCACUGCUGACGGCUCUGCUCAUCGCCUCCAGUUCUGCCACACUGCCUCACACUUUACGCUGCUGCUUGGAAAACAACAAGAUUGAUGGCAGAAUCGUCCGCUUCAUGCUGCCCAUUGGGACCAACGUCAACAUGGACGGGUCGGCGCUUUACGAGGCGGCUGCUGCAGUUUUCAUCGCACAGCUGAGUCACAUCUAUCUGGACGUGACUCAGUUGUUCAUCAUUGGUUUGGCAGCUGCCAUUGCCAGCGUCGGAGCUGCAGGGAUCCCAGCGACCGGAGCAGUGACCACACUCUUCGUUCUGACCGCUGUCGGCCUGCCUGUGAGGGACGCUGCCCUCCUGGUGGUGACCGAGUGGCUGCUAGACCGAUUCAGCACGGUGAUUAACGUGUUUGGAGACUGCAUCGGUGUUUCUCUUGUCCAUGAAAUGUCAAGACAAGAACUGGAGAAAAUGGACAAAGAGGACAUGGAAACUGGAAGGAUUUUAAACAAACGACAAGAAAUGGCACAAGGAGAAAAAGUGAUGGGGGAAUCUGCCGCUCCUUCCACGACUAAAUAA